AUGGGUCAGCAACCUGAAACGCCCAACGCGACUCCUGCAGCAGCAGCAGCAGCAAAUGGAGCAGGAGCAAAUGCAGCAGCAGCAAAUGCAGCAGCAGCAAAUUCGGCAGCAGCAGCAAAUGGAGCAGCAGCAGCAGCAAAUGCAGCAGCAGCAGCAGCAACAGUUGAUAUGCUUGAACAACAGCAGCAAAACCAGCAUCAACAGCACCAAAGGAAUCCCCAGCAGCAGCAGCAACACGCCAGCAGCAGCAGCAGCAGCAACACCUGCUGCAGCACCACCAACGCCAGUAGCAUUAGCAGCAGCAGCAGUGGCACCAGUAACACCAGCAGCACCAGCAGUAGCACCACCAACACGAGCAGCAGCAAUGGCAGCAGCAGUAGCAGCAGCAGCAGCAGCAGCAUACCGCCUCAAGAAGCGCUUGCGAAGGCAUCUCAGCAGCAGCAGGAUCAGUAG